UGUUCUCUCUCACUCUUGCAAAGUUUGUCAUUUUCUCCCUUGAAACUAAAAACAACCCAAUGGGGACACAGCUGCAACAGGCAGCAGCUUCCUCUGCUUCUUCUUCUUCUUGUUCUUCUGCUCCUCUUUCUUUGUACUGUAAACAGAGUCUUCCUUUUUUUUAGCUUCUGCUCAAAUGGUUAAGUCCACAUUAUUCUUCUCCUUGUGAUCUCUUUGGAUCAACAACUUAUAUACCCUUUAACACUACUAUACUCAGAAAAGGAAGUCAAAAAAAUACAUCUCUCGCAUGGAGCAGUACGAGAUACUAGAGCAAAUUGGGAAGGGAGCUUUUGGUUCGGCUCUUCUAGUGAGGCAUAAGCAUGAAAAGAAGAAGUAUGUGCUGAAAAAAAUUCGUCUUGCCCGCCAGACUGAUAGGUCACGAAGAUCUGCUCAUCAAGAGAUGGAGCUCAUUUCAAAAAUUCGAAACCCAUUUAUUGUGGAGUACAAAGAUUCCUGGGUGGAAAAGGGUUGCUAUGUAUGCAUUAUUAUAGGUUAUUGUGAAGGAGGAGACAUGGCUGAAGCCAUAAAGAAAGCAAAUAGCAUGCUUUUCUCAGAAGAGAAGCUGUGCAAGUGGCUUGUUCAACUCCUGAUGGCUCUUGACUAUUUGCAUUUGAAUCAUAUUCUUCAUCGUGAUGUCAAGUGUUCAAACAUAUUCUUGACAAAAGAUCAAGACAUACGUCUUGGUGAUUUUGGACUCGCCAAAAUUUUGACUUCAGAUGAUCUUGCAUCCUCUGUUGUUGGAACUCCCAGCUAUAUGUGUCCUGAGCUUCUGGCUGAUAUACCGUAUGGUUCUAAGUCAGAUAUCUGGUCAUUAGGGUGCUGUAUAUAUGAAAUGACUUCUCUCAAGCCUGCAUUUAAAGCAUUUGAUAUGCAAGCGCUGAUAAACAAAAUUAAUAAAUCAAUAGUUGCUCCACUUCCAACAAAAUAUUCUGGUGCCUUUCGUGGUCUUGUUAAAAGCAUGCUGCGUAAAAAUCCCGAACUUAGGCCGAGUGCUGAGGAACUGCUUAGGCAUCCACACCUUCAGCCUUAUGUUCUUAAAGUUCAUCUUAAAAUUAAUAAUCCUAGAAGGAAUACUUUACCGGUGCAUUGGCCUGCAACCAACGUAAAGAAAACUAGAUUUUCAGACCCAGUAGAUCUCCGCUUCUCUGCUUACAGGGAGAGGCGUCGAUCAUUCAGUAAUGAUAGGACUCUGAAUCCAAGCAUAUCUGGAGCUGAGCAAGAUUCUGUUUGCUCUACCAAAGGGAUACAUGAUGAUGCACCAGGUUAUUUAAAUGAAAGGUUUAAAGAUUUGUCUACCGAUAGCAGCCAUGAAGGAACAGUCAUUUGCAAGCCAAUUACUUCAAAAGUUUCAAGUAUCACCAAGACUCCAAGACGUUCUCUGACAAAAGCUUCUGCAACUCCCAAGAGAAAGACAGAGCCAUUGAAAAAUCGUGACUCGUUUCCUGUUUCACGCGCUCCAGUUAAAAAAUCUCUUCCCACAACUCGAAGAGCAUCCUUGCCACUACCAACAAGAGCUAAAAUUCGAGAAUCCCCUCCUAUAUCUAAUGCUGGUAUUCUUCAUUGCAUACAAUCACCAGAUGUUUCUGUCAAUGCUCCUCGGAUUGAUAAGAUAGCUGAAUUCCCAUUAGCCUCUUAUGAAAAUGCAUUCUUCCCCAUCCACAAAACUUCAUCAAUAUCUGCACGGGGCUCCUCUGGCUCACCACAAUUUGUUGACCGUUCAAUCACAAAAGACAAAUGUACGGUUCAAAUAUGUGAUCGAGCUCCUAUCAAGCCCCAUUUUACUGAUGCAUGGCAGGGAAUCCAGCGCUGCAUGUUUCAGGUGGAUGGAGAGGAUGGAACUGAUUCCUCUGAUCAAAAUGCAACUGCUGGGGCAUCAAGCCGCACCUCAUCAGACAUGCGGCAGCGAAAGUUUGACCCCUCGUCAUAUCAGCAACGUGCUGAGGCAUUGGAAGGAUUGCUUGAGUUUAGUGCAAGGUUGCUGCAGCAAGAGAGGUAUGAUGAGCUUGGUGUGCUACUAAAGCCAUUUGGACCUGGUAAGGUCUCCCCCAGAGAAACUGCCAUCUGGUUGACUAAGAGCUUUAAGGAGAAUACUGCCAAGCAGGAGGUUUAAUCCUGACGAACGACUUCCAUUUGUAUAAUAUCUGUAGCUGUAACCUGUAACAAUUUUUUAGAGUCCAGGCCUAUCAAAUUUUAGAAGUGAUUCCUGUUGAGAGGACCUUGUCAGUUAGGCAUUUUGGUUUUCAAACGAAUCCUAAUUGUUAGUAUUAGGUUCUAGUCAAUUAUCCAGCACCUUUCGGCCUUCCCCUUGUGCAUCAAUGUUCUUGAUUUUCUGGGAGUGGAUGAUGGGUUCAAAUAGGUUGUAGACUUAUCUUCUACCUGUUAAUUUUUGUUUAUGUUCCUGACUGAAACGGCAUGUUCAUUUAAAUCAAUAUUAAUCAGGAAAAUGGAUGAUCUUGA